AAACUGAAUGAGGUUCUCCUCAUCCAAGAUGGCGUCGCCCUGCCCGUCUCCGCCUCGGCUCCAGCAUCUCUGGGCGGGUCUUCAGUGGAUCUAGCGGCCAGCCGUGGAGCACUUCCGGCGGGAUCAGGUUUCCUUCAGCCCCGCAUUUAAAUGGAGCUGCAGGACGUCAGCUGCUGCCUCACUGAGCGCUGAGCCGUGACAGAAAGCGACCUGCACUCUUGAACACUCAUCCCGUCGACACCGAAAGGAGACCAUUACGGAUCGUUCCUGGACGGUUUGGUUGUUUUAUCAGGAGAGGAGCGGGGAGGCGGAACAAUACCGGCCGCGGCUGCUGCUCGGUGCAUCAUUACCGGGAUUCCAUCGCAGUGAAUAGCGGUAUCAACCGAGCGGAAGGAUUUUAGCUUUUUAUUUCAUUCUAUUUUAUUGGCUAAGCAGGUUCCAGCUUCAUGAAAGAAAAGAAACCAACUAAGAACAGUGUUUUGUUGAUGUCCAGCUGUAGUGGCCUGGCUUGGGCGGAUCAGUGUCAGGUUUGAUAAACAAAUAAAAUAGUUCCCUUUUUUAGCAUUAGAAGUGGCUAAAUCUUAAACAUUUCGAAAAUAAAUGUCAAUUUUUUCGACAUUUAGACUUCCUUCAUUCAAGUUUUGUCUAAUUAGCCAAACAUCCAGCUCAAAGAGGCAAAAUAAUAAAUAACAACAUUGGUAUAACAGCACAUCGACCAUGUUCAGCUGGCUUGGAACCGAUGACAGGAGGAAGAAGGAGCCAGAAGUGUUUCAAACUGUCAGCGAUGGACUAAAGAAACUCUACAAAACCAAACUUCUGCCUCUGGAGGAGAGCUACAAGUUCCACGAGUUCCACUCUCCAGCCCUGGAGGAUGCUGACUUUGACAACAAGCCCAUGGUCCUCCUGGUGGGACAGUACUCCACCGGCAAGACGAGCUUCAUACGCUACCUGUUGGAGCAGGACUUCCCUGGCAUGCGGAUUGGCCCCGAGCCCACCACGGAUUCCUUCAUCGCAGUGAUGCACGGGGACACAGAGGGGGUCAUACCCGGCAACGCUUUGGUCGUCGACCCCAAGAAGCCUUUCAGGAAGCUGAACGCUUUUGGAAACGCAUUCCUCAACAGGUUUGUGUGUGCACAGCUUCCUAACCCGGUGCUGGAGAGCAUCAGCGUGAUCGACACCCCGGGGAUCCUGUCCGGAGAAAAACAGAGAAUCAGCAGAGGCUACGACUUUGCUGCCGUCCUGGAGUGGUUUGCGGAGCGCGUUGACAGGAUAAUCCUGCUGUUUGACGCCCACAAACUGGACAUAUCUGAUGAGUUCUCUGAGGUGAUAAAAGCCCUGAAGAACCACGAGGACAAGAUCAGGGUUGUUCUGAACAAGGCAGACCAGAUUGAGACCCAGCAGCUGAUGAGGGUGUACGGCGCCUUGAUGUGGUCGUUAGGGAAAAUCGUCAACACCCCUGAGGUGAUCCGCGUCUACAUCGGGUCCUUCUGGUCCCACCCGCUCCUGAUUCCUGACAACAGGAAGCUGUUUGAAGCCGAGGAGCAGGACUUGUUCAAGGACAUCCAGUCUCUACCCAGGAAUGCAGCGCUGAGGAAACUCAACGACCUGAUCAAAAGAGCGAGGCUAGCCAAGGUCCACGCUUACAUCAUCAGCUCGCUGAAGAAAGAAAUGCCUUCCGUUUUUGGGAAAGAAAAUAAGAAGAAAGAGCUGAUCGCCAGUCUGGGAGAUAUUUACAAACGGAUUGAAAGGGAGCACCAGAUCUCACCCGGGGAUUUCCCCAACCUGAAGAAGAUGCAGGACCAGCUGCAAGCUCAGGACCUCAACCGGUUCCAGCCGCUGAAGCCUAAACUCCUGGAGGCCGUAGACGACAUGUUAGCCAACGACAUCGCUAGUUUGAUGGUUCUGGUGCGCCAAGAGGAAACCCAGCGGCCCAAUUCGGUGGUGAAAGGCGGCGCCUUCGACGGCACCCUGAACGGCCCGUUUGGACACGGAUACGGGGAAGGGGCGGGCGAAGGCAUCGACGAGGCCGAGUGGGUCGUCGCCCGGGACAAACCUGCUUACGAUGAGAUUUUCUACACGCUGUCCCCCGUUAACGGGAAGGUGACGGGCGCCAACGCCAAGAAGGAGAUGGUGAAGUCGAAACUGCCCAACACGGUGCUGGGAAAGAUCUGGAAGCUGGCCGACAUCGAUAAGGACGGCAUGCUCGACGAUGAAGAGUUUGCCUUGGCCAACCACCUGAUAAAGGUGAAACUGGAGGGACAUGAACUGCCGUCGGACCUGCCCGCACACCUAGUGCCUCCUUCUAAAAGGAAAAUAGCAGAUUAAGGGUAAAACUAGUCCAUCAGUUCUUCAAAUUACACCAGUAGAGUUUCUGCUGUACGGUAAAGCAAAAACGGACUAACCCAUUAGUCCUGCUGCGUCUGUCAUCUCAGUAUCUGUAGUCUUUCUUCAGGCAUGUGUGCAGAAAAUAUCUUUAAAUGAAAAAUCAAGAGUGUAGAGCUCAGCACAUUGGCUGGAAACUCAAUCCAUAAAAAUAUUAACAAAAAGUGACAAAAGGGUUCGAUCUUUAAAGGGAAAGUUUUAAAAAAAAGGUAAAUUCUCCUUUAUUUAGAAAAUAAUGAUUGUGGAACAAACUUAACUAGAACAGUUGCAUUUCCUGUGAUCAUGCUAGUGUGAAUGUUCUUUGCUGAAAGUAGUCGUUGAAGACACAAUUUACUUUAGUUGCUGAAGGGAUUUGCUGAAAAUACAAAAGCUGUUUGCAAAAUGUUACAUUUGCUAAAAGA